GUCGAUCUGGCAUUGCCACCAACAUAUUUUGUUGUUUUUGUUGGCUGCAUAUUGCUGUAAUCGUCAGUAAAUCGUGAAUUCAUUAAAUAAAACCCAAAAUAAUGUGUGCUAAAAUAAAAUAAUAAGCAUGUCGUUAAGAUAAAGAGACGCGAUGUGAAGAUUCGACUUGAAAACAUUUCUAAGCAGAUAGACCACACGCAAAGAGGGCGUCAACAAAGGGCGAAAGAGUGUAAAGAAGAAGAGGAACAUAAGAAUACUCAAACGAUUUUCAUACAUACGAAAUUCAUAAAUAUUUUUGCACUAGAUAGUCAUAUUAGUGAAAUCCAGACCAAAACGCAGCCAUGAGUAACCACAGAUAUCAUGGCGGGGGCAGUUACAUGCAUCCCCGAAUGUCGUACCCACACCACUUUACAUACGUAUCUAGCUGUGUGAAGUAUCUUAUUUUUUUGUUAAACUUUUUGUUUUGGCUGUUUGGAGGUCUGUUGAUGGCCAUUGGAGUAUAUGCUUUUAUGGAUAAGCUUAAAGAUGGCAACGGCUGGGUUCGACUUGAAUCUAUUUAUGAUGUUAUAUUCAAUAUAUCCUUGGUUAUGAUCAUUGCGGGUAUAGUCAUAUUUGUGGUCAGCUUUGCUGGUUGCCUUGGAGCACUGAGGGAGAACACUUUCCUUUUAAAGUUCUACUCCAUGUGCUUGCUUGUGUUCUUUCUCAUGGAAAUGGCCAUAGCUAUCAUUUGUUUUGUGUUUCCUCAAAACAUGAAUUCCUUUCUGGAGCUUCAGUUUACUGACAAGAUUAUUCAUUCUUAUCGAGAUGAUUCCGAUUUGCAAAACUUUAUAGACUUUGCGCAGCAGGAAUUUAAGUGUUGCGGCCUCAGUAAUGCUGGAUAUCAGGACUGGAGUAAAAAUGAGUACUUCAAUUGUUCAUCGCCUUCAGUGGAGAAGUGUGGUGUUCCCUACAGCUGUUGUAUCAAUGCCACGGACAUUAGCUCAGGACUAGUCAACAUUAUGUGCGGAUAUGGUGUGCAGGAGCACUCAGUGGCGGCGGCCAGCAAACGCAUCUGGACCAGCGGAUGCAUUGAAAUUGUUCGUGUCUGGGCCGAACGCAAUCUAUAUGUGAUCGCUGGCGUUGCCUUGGGCAUAGCGCUGUUACAGCUGUUCGUUAUCUACUUGGCCAAGACUCUUGAGGGCCAAAUCGAAAUGCAGAAGUCGCGCUGGUCGUGAGUGCCAUAGCACCCGGUCUUUUACGGGUAUCCAUUCGAUGAUUUCUACUACUACGACACUCAAAUGUAAUCAAACGACGGUUGGGCUAUCGGCCAGGCCAGGCCGUGCCAUGUCGUCAUCUUCAAAAAAAUCUUUGUCAAGUUAAUCUGCUCAAAUAUCCAUAUAUGUAUUUUACAAUUUUAUCAAAUUGGAUUACGCAAAAGUUUGUAGAACAUAUAGUGUCAGCCACUGUUUACCGAUGUUUGUAUUUUCGAAUUCUCUUGCCCUUUCAAUGCGAAUUUUAAUAUUCAGUAUUCUCAACUAUUUCUUCAAUUGACUUAAUAUUCUGCUCUGAAUACUAGUUUUAAUCUUUACACAUCUAUACUCAUAUAAUCAUAGAAAUUACUAUAUUGUAAUGUAUUACCAACUGCCACAUUUAUAAAGGGCAUUGCCAAUUUACUGCAUGUUUGUAUGUAAGUAUUUUAUGUAUUUAUGUAGACAAAAUUGUAAACGAACAAAAAAAA